AUGUUGCUGGAUGCUCUUGGCGCCCCCAGCCUCUUCGUGGUGAACUCCCGGGCGUUGGUGGCGCAGCAGACCGCCUACCUCCGACAGCACAGCCAAAGCCAAGGCGAAAGCGUGGGCACCAGCCCCGGGGCUGGGGUCUUCGUGGCCACUGGCGAGGUGAUUCGGAUGGCCCUGGAGACGGGACAGGUUCAGGCUUCGGAUCUCCGCUGCGUGGUCUUCGAUGAGGCGCACCACGCCGUCGGCAGGCACCCCUACGCCGAAGUUCUGGCGUGGUUGCAAGAAAGCAACGUGCGGGUGCUCGGACUGACUGCGAGCUUUCUGCAUGGAAACGCCGACCCCGAGCGUCGUCUGGAGGCCCUCGAGGAGCGCUUCAGGGCCAAGGUGCUGUCACCGGAGGUCCCUCAUCACACACGACGUUUCCAUGCGGUGACUUGGUCCGAGGCGUCUGUGGUUGGGGCCUACGACGCCUUUGCACGGGAGUCACGGGAGUUGGAGAAGAUUUUGGACUGCGUCAGGCAAAGCCUCCGCGGGGCAGCUUGGGAGAGCCAAAUGAGCCAAAUGAGCCAAAUGAGCCAAGGCGGGAGCCAAAAGGGUUGUUGGAGUCCUUGGGAGAGCUCUGAGAGCUCCGAGAGCUCCUGGGAGAGCUCUGGGGCGCUCUGGGAGCUCUUUGGUGCUUUGGACCGGGAGAAGGGCCGGCUCCGGGGAGUCCUGGAGAGCCUGGGCCCCGUGGGCUUCCAUCCCUUUGUCCAAGUGGGCCUCGCCGAAGUGGUUCAGGCGAAGCUGAGCAGCAAGCUUGCGUUCGCUAAAGAAGAUGUGGUGAAAUGGAACUUGCAGCAGGCGUUGGCGUUGAUCCCUCACUGCCGUACAGCCUUGGCCCGUUCUGUGGCCAGUGCCAGCGCCAGCCGCGCCAGCGCCCCCAGCGCCAGCGCCAACGCUGCUGCUGCCAGCGAAGCCAUCGACGCCGAGGCGAGCGGGAUGAGCGGGACGAAUGGGAAGUUCCAGGCCUUGUGCCAACUCCUGGCGCGCCUCACAAAGUCGGAGUCUUCGGAUGCGGAAUCCGAAAACAGCUUAUGCAGCUUCAAGAAAGACCAGGAAAGGACAAUCAAGGACAAGACCUGCUUGAACCGUGACAAGGUUCUUGUCUUCGUGGAGCGUGUGGCGGUGGCUGGUCCCAUGGCACAGCUUCUGGAGACGUCGUUGUGCCUUCCGGGGAUGGAGGAUGCGACACGGCAACGGAAUCUGCAGCGCUUCCGUUCGGAGUGCCAGGUCUUGGUGGCGACGGCAUCCCUUGAGGAAGGCUUGGACGUCCCGGCCUGCCGCUUCGUGAUUCGCUAUGACUAUUUCAGCAGUGCCAAGAGCCAUGUUCAAGGGGCAGGCCGUGCCCGGCAUCCCGAAGCAGAGAUCUUCUACUUCGAUAAUGAUCCUCUGCUGGAAGAGGAGCGCCGACGUCGCGUGGCAGAUGCCUGUGACCGUGAGGCGUGUGAGGAGUAUGGGACGCCUCCAACUUCGCCUGCGCAUGCUGCGGACGCCGAGGGUCCUGCCGAGCUGGCUGCCGGUGCUGCUGAGGGUGCUGCCGAGGGUGCUGCGAGCGUUGGCCUGCAGCCAUCCCAGCCCCAACAUGGCACAAGCGACGGAAUUGCAGACGCGCAGGGCAGUGGCCAUGCCUGGGGUGAGGAGACGACCUUGUGGGACUACGGCUCGAAUAAAUCCUUCCGGGGGAUGGCCUGUUCCUGCGGUGCCGUGCUCUGCAUCCAGAGCCGUGCCUAUGGCCGGGGCCGGAAGAAGAAAGAACGCAUCUUCUCCAGGGAAGGCCCUUUCCUCUGUCCACUCUCCGAGAGCGAGCUCGUCCUGGUCCGUCCUUCUGCGUGCGAGCUUGUUUCUCGCAAGUUCAUGCAGGAGGCGGAACUGCAUCCUUUGCGUGACAUCACCAACAAGGAAAUUGAAGUGAAGCAGCUGAAGCACCCUCCUCGUGAAGUCGCGAGGGUCAUGGAAGUCGUCCACCUUCUGCUGUCAAUGGCGCUUCCACCAUCCCUGGACUGGGGCGACGUUCUCCGCACCAUCGUCCGUGUGGACUUUCUGAAGCGUGCUCGCAGCAUUGAUCUGGAUGCUGUGCUGGAGCAGCCACGACUCAUCGACUACAUUUGCCGAAGGCCGGGACUUGCUGUGUCACGCAGGUACUUCACCGGAAGUGAGCCUUUGACCCCCGAUCGUGUGCGGUGGGCAAGCAAAGCUGUCGUCGCUUUCUUUGGGUGGACGGUUGCCAUUAUAGCUGGCAUACUCCCAGCUUUCCCGACCAAGGUGGGUGGCGAGGAAUCGCGGCGACGGAUCUUUCUGCUGGAUCAGGAGCUGCGCGAGGGACGCCGCAGGGAGUCUGAAGAGCGGCGAAAGGAGGUCGAAGAGGAGAAGCAAAAGCAAGUCGAAAGGCAGCUCAAGGUGCUUGAGAAGAACCGAGAAGACCAGGAACGGCAGCGCCGCCAACAGCAGCAGGAACAAGAGCAACUGCAGCUUGCUGCUAAGCUCCAGGCUGCAGAAGCUGCAGAAGCCGUCACGAGAAAAGCAGAGGCGGAAAAGAUGCGACAGCAGCAGCUACGCCAGCAGCUAGAGCAAGACCAGCAGAAGGCCUUUGAGCAGCACCGAAGAGCUGCCGCCAAGCAGAAGAAGCUCGAAGCAAAAAUCAGGCGCAAAAAACGCCGUGCGCUUGGUUUAGAUGCUGAGGAUUCCGGCUCAGAAGCGGAGCGGCAGCGUGGAACUUGGAACAUCAACAAUCCAGAUAUCCGAUUCAUGUCCAUAGAAGGUGCUGAAAUUACAUUCCUAUCUGACGAGUUCGCUGACCACUGUACGGCCGUGUCUUGCCGACCUAUUCACUACGGCCAGCACUUCUUCGAGUUCAUCAUUCAUAGUUUCAGUGACCAGCUGCGAUGUGGUGUGACCACUGAUUCCGUGCAGGCUGGUGCACUGGUGGCGGGCCACAACCUGCGUGGCUGGUGUUACAAUAGCGGACGACGAAAUCCACAGCUACGGGGUAUGCCGGCUGGCUUGCAAGUCAAUGGCAAGGUCGUCCAAGACUUUGGCAGCAUCGAAAACGGUGACGCCAUCGGUGUGCUGUUGGAUGCGGACCGGUGGUCGAUUGCAUUUUUGAAGAACCGGGUGCUGGAGGGCAGCUGUGCGAUGACUUGCCACAUGCGCGAGCCGUUGUACUUACUGUUGCACAUGGAUGCUGCAGGUGACCAUGUGGAACUGCGUCAUGUCGCCCUACAAGAAGCUCCUGCGGAUGCCGUUGCUGAACUUGAGUCCUACUCCCCUCCCUCUUGGCAGACCUUGACCAGUGACUGCUCUGAUUGCUCAAGCGUGACCAGUGGUGAGGGCGAGCACGCUGAAACAGUCCGAUGUUCAAGUUCCCCAACAAGUCCCGCAUCGCAGUCUUCACGCCGCCCACCAUUCUCUGCCAAAUCCGACGUAGACAAUCUGGCCGAUUUGCCCCCUGUAGCAAAGCCGACAUCGGCAGCGCCACGAGAUCACAUCGGCAAAAGCCUCCGAGCGAAGGCAGAGCAACCAAGACCAGCCUCCGGCGACAUUUCGAGGUCACUGCGUGCGGCUGGGGCACUUCUGGCACGCAAACCUUCCGAGAGAGAUGUCGAGAGAGAGGCCCAGGAUGCACACACACCGCAUGGGCCGCAGGGGCCGCAGGGGCCGCAGGGGCCGCAGGGGCCGCAGGGGCGAGGAUCCCCCAGACUCGAGCAGCAAGAGGGCUCCGUGGGGUUGAAAGCCCGCUUGAAAGAGUUGAAGGAAUGUUUUGAUGAGGGCUUGCUGACCCAGGAGGAGUUCCAAGAGGAGAAAAGCUUCCUCCUGAGAGCAUUACGGCCAAAGUUCGCCACAUUCUCCGAGCAGUCAGCAGAGAUGGCAGAGACCCCUUCUGGCACAUCCGGCACUCCUGUUUCGGCUUCUCCCUCGGCUUCAGUUCCGGCUUCAGUUCCGGCCUCCCGGAAGAUUGGCACCAUGGGCACCAUGGGCACCAUGGGCACCAUGGGCACCAUGGGCACCGGCAAACGCGUGGGAGGCAGCGCGGGGAGCACCCGCAAAGAGCGGGGAGAGGAUGCAGAGGCCGAGCUCGGUGCCUUCGGGGCCGGGGCUCUGGGUGAUGUUUCCCCCAAUGCAAGCUCGCCCAGCAGGGACUUCCCAACGGCCCCUCUAGGACCAGGGUUCGCGGCACUGCUCGACCACUGCGCGGCCAGCUUCAAUGACCAACAAAACUCAUUGAGAGAUUGCGGGGAGCCGUGUUUUAUACCUGUUGCGGGUAAGGAGUUGGCCUACUGUGUAAAAUGCUCCCUCGACAAUUUGUCAAAGCUGCUGCUUGGCUGUGCCCUUACAAGGGGGACCUAUCAGGAAAAAUGA